CGCGUCCCAGCCAUCCUGCUGUUCUGGCCUGUCGCUGUACUUCGCUGCGCCGCCACUAUGCUCUCUGUCCGCAUCCCGCUGGCGCCCAUCACGAACCCGCAGCAGCUGCAGCUCUCGCCGCUGAAGGGGCUAAGCCUGGUCGACAAGGAGAACACGCCGCCAGCCCUGAGCGGGGCCCGCGUCCUGGCCAGCAAGACCGCGAGGAGGAUCUUCCAGGAGCCCGCGGAGCCGAAAACUAAAGCAGCUGCCCCCGGCGUGGAGUAUGAACCGCUGCUGAGAGAAAACCCCCGCCGCUUUGUCAUCUUCCUCAUCGAGUACCACGAUAUCUGGCAGAUGUAUAAGAAGGCGGAGGCUUCCUUCUGGACCGCCGAGGAGGUGGACCUGUCCAAGGACAUUCAGCACUGGGAAUCCCUGAAGCCCGAGGAGAGAUAUUUUAUAUUCCAUGUUCUGGCUUUCUUUGCAGCAAGCGAUGGCAUAGUAAAUGAAAACUUGGUGGAGCGAUUUAGCCAAGAAGUUCAGAUUACAGAAGCCCGCUGUUUCUAUGGCUUCCAAAUUGCCAUGGAAAACAUACAUUCUGAAAUGUAUAGUCUUCUUAUUGACACUUACAUAAAAGAUCCCAAAGAAAGGGAAUUUCCUCUCAAUCCCAUAGAAACGAUGCCUUCGCUGGGUCAAGAAGAAGGGCAGAUCUGGGGCGCCCGUCGGAGCCGCUGGAUGGGGACAAAGAAAGGGGCUACUAUGGAUGAGUCUACCCGCCUUUGCGGCACCGUGCGAAGCGCAUCUUCUUUUCGGUUCUUUUGUAGAGCACAACAGCAUCGAUAG